GUUGUCGCCACCGUUGCCCAGGAUUACGAGGUCUCUGACAUUCAGUGCAGCGGUGCAGGAUCAGCCGCCGAUCUGCUGACAGCAAAGAUCAAAAGGCCAGUCGGCUUCAGAGGGGCGCCGCUCUUUGCCGACGACAGAUCCGCCAAUCCGCUCACCGACAUCCACUGCCAGAUCAGGCCAGAUCCCAACGAUCCUCAGGAAGAUAACUACUUCCUGAAGGUGACUGACUUCUCGAAAUGUGGCAUUCUGAAGAGAAACGGUUUCAUUCACCUGCGAAUAUGGUUUCCUGCUUUUCCCGGCGUCGUAAUGCUAGCCGACCAAGAACUGAUCUUGAUGUGUCGGCCGCCGGAACCCACUUUACUUCGACACAAAGCCGCCGGUUUUGCAGGGACAUUUCCGCAUGGGGCACGGGUGUCCGGGGUCGUCGAGGAAACCCCGGGUCGUCUGGAGUACGAGGUGGCUCUUUAUCGCGAAGCUACGGGGAACGUGUCGGACGCGUCCGGAUCGCAGACCGUCGAUCAAGCAGUCCCGAUCGGCACGAAGCUCCAGCUGAGAGCUCGGAUCAGCUCGGAAAGCGCGUGGGGUUACAUUAAACUCUUGGAAGUGACUGUCAGCCCCGAUCCCGAUCAGCCUCACGCACCAGGAAGCGUCGUGCUCGUAAAAGACGGCUGUAGAAAUCGAGACUUCGCUUCGAUAAUCCCUCAUCAGCCGGCUCGGUACCGGGAGAGGAAGAACGAAGUUUUUCUCGAUUUCGAAGCGUUUCUGCUGAGCUCAAUGAGAGAACGAUCCACUUUGUGGAUACACUCGCAGAUUAAAGCCUGCAUGGAGCCACAGGAUUGCCAACCAGAUUUCUGUUUGGACCUGUUUGAGCCAUCGGGGCAUGGAAAGAGGAGAAAAAGAUUAGCAGAAGAGGAGCCGACUAUAUUUAUUUCUAAAGACAGGCGUUCAACAAGAGAAUACAAUGAUUCGACUCCCUUCACAAAGUUUAAAGAAAAUAUAGAGUACACGGUAAUGAUGCCUGAUGAUCUAUAUCAAAAAGUGGCCGCUGGACUUGAAAAUAGCUGUGGGAGUUUUCUUUACGUUGCAACCGGAUUGGGUGCUCUACUUGCUUUAUCAGCCAUUAUCAUGUGCUACUUAACAUCGCGUUUACACAAUUUAUCGUCAACUAUACCGCAAAAUAAAUCAAUCGACGAGCUUAUACGAGACCGAGCGAGAAAGUAUUCUGAGACAACACCUGGAUACACUGGUCGAUCCACGGUACAAUAG